AUGAUAUGAAAUAAAGAAGGGUGUUUGUUUCUUAGAAAGUAUAAUUAAAUACGAUUUCUAUUUUAACUUGGAGUUACAAAUGAAGCUUGAAGCAACGAUGGAGAAGAAUGUUCCUCAUAGACGAGAAGUUUUAUUUAUUUUUACCCUAUGUCAACAAAUCCUUACUUCCAGUUCAGUGGACACAAAGGGUUUGUACUUGGACCAAUCCCUGAAAACAUGGACACAAGCUUCCAAAGAUUGUCUCUUGGUAACACCCAACACCACUUUAUCUCUCGGUGUACCACUCAGAGAUAUUCCUAUUCUCCAACGACCGACCUGCAAAACAACGACAAGGAGGCCCCAUCAUGGGGAUCAUCUAUGGAUAGGGGCCAUUGGGACAUUCACACCAUGGUUUGAAUUGCUUGGUUGCUUUUUGUAUGAAAAAUUUGAAAACAACCCGAAUAUUUUUGAUUCUACAUCAAUUCUGGAUCCUGUCACAGAAUGUUAUCGAAUCUGUCGAAAUUACGACAAUAUUGGUAUAAACAACGAUACCUGCAUAUGUGCACAGAAUGUGACAUAUGGAAAGAUAUCCAGGAGCUGCAAAUUCAGCACCUCAGUAUCCUUCAAAAAUGAUAUCAUUGGAACCAAUGAGAAUAUUAAUAACUAUCUUCAUCAAGGAUUCGCUAUGUAUAGAAAAAUAAACAUCACAAAAAUAGAUGACACAUCUGGAGAGUGUCUGAUCAUGACAAACAAAGGGAAUAAAACAUUUCCUUGUAACUCACAAGAUAUUCUAAAUCGCACAUGGACAGAGAGUUUUAUCUCAAUAGCAAAUCUCAAUGAAAAUAAAACUCUCGAUCUUCCAAACUGGUUACCUUAUUUACGCCGAUUAGUUAUCAAAUCGAAUAAUGGAACAGAAAUGAGAGCUCUAACUCCAGAUAAUGCUCAGCAAGAUGGGACUGUGUGUAUCAGCGUCAAGGAUCAAAAUGGAGUUUAUGAACUUGUACCCAUGCGCUGUAACGAAAAGUAUUUCUCCAUCUGUCAAAGUGAAAUCACAAAGAUGCUUACAGGUUCAACUGUUCCAGUGAUAAUAGGCAGUGUCGUCGGAAUUGUUUGUAUCCUUAUCAUUGCCAUUGUCAUCAUAAUCAAAAAAAGGAACCAAAGCAAAAGAAAUUUCUCGUCCUCCACCUCAACAGAGAAUGUCCAUUACACUGACAUAACAUUAGAGUCAGGCAAGCAGCUAAUGGUGAAAGGUACUUCUUUUGCUUCGACCAAUAAUCCAAACUACGAUACUAUCUCAUCAGAUAACGGAAUAAAGACAACUAAAGAGUCUAAGGAGUAUGGACAUCUGCUGCACAUUGGUCAGACUGACUUGUAUAAUCACACUUGGGAUAAACCAAUCACAGAACAGCUUACAGAUCAUGUGUAUAACACUGCCUCGUCCGGAAAUGACAUAAGUUUGUAUGAUCAUACUGUAACUAAGUGGACAAACUUUGACAAAUAA